AAAAUGGCUACUCGCCGAGGCGUCGGUCUCGGAGCAUUCGUAAAUCGCUCCCAGACCUCUCAGUCCUACGCCAACCAUGGCGCCAACCUCCGCUCCACCCACCUGACCUCCCUCCAAACCCAACUCUCCGUCUUCCAGUCCCUACUCCACACCUUUGCGCUCGAGCAUGGCGAGACUAUCAAAUCAAACCCAACUUUCCGCGCUGAAUUUGCGCGCAUGUGCCAUGCCAUCGGAGUUGACCCGCUUGCUGCAAGCAACGUGAAGGGUAAGGGCAAAAGGGGGCUUGUCUCUGGCUUGACUGAAGGCGGGGGCAGUUUCUGGACCCAGAUCUUGGGAGGAGAUGUGAACGAUUUCUACUUUGAAGUUGCUGGCAGAGUAGUGGAAUUAUGUAGGGAGACCAGAGCGGAGAACGGUGGAUUGAUUAGUGUUGAAGAAUGUCGAACUCGAGUUGCUCGAGGGAAAGCUAUCGGUGGUGGCCUAGAGGUUUCGGAAGAUGAUAUCCUACGUGCGGUGAAAUCCCUCGAACCUCUUGGUUCCGGCUUCUCAAUUAUCAAAGUGGGAAGCAAGCAGUUCAUCCGCUCUGUUCCUAAGGAGCUUAAUACGGAUCAAGCCACCGUGCUCGAAGUUAUUCAACUUCUCGGCUUCGUAACAGUUUCUAUGCUAGAACUCAAUCUCAACUGGGAGAAAGCACGCGCGCAGACUGUCAUUGACGAUCUGCUCGCUGAAGGUCUGGUAUGGGUCGAUGCUCAAUGCGAGGAAAAUGAAUAUUGGUCACCACAAAAUUUGCUCGAUGAUAAUCCAUGAAAGGUUAUGGGCCUCGGAAGGCCAUCGCACUCAGACGAUGACAACCUGAACCAUCGCGUACUUCGUGAGCUUCAAGCAAGAUGAAACACAUAGCCCACGGUUCCCGACACCGGGAUAGAUUUUGUGUGAACUCAAUGGCCGUUUGGGCAAUGAAAGCGCGGGCUUAAAAGCAAAUUGCUUUUAAAAAGGAAUGCGGUCGAAUUUGAGAGGCAUAUUGUACAAGAAGAAGAGGAUGGCUUGAUUCGGGUGACGAGGCGAACCAUGAGCCGAGAUUGCUCCAUGAGUGGCUGCCAUAUAUGGACAUGGCCGCUGUGCCUUUCAACGGAGUCAAUAGGCUCCAAGAUCACUCGGAGUACACAUUCCACGUUGGUCGUUCUAGUGGUUAUGCUUGUAGUCCAAGCAUAGUUUUAUGCGGCCGGUUGGACUGGCAAUGGUGACAUAGAAUAGUACCACAGAGGAUAAUGAUUGAGAUCAGUUGAACAUGAGGA